UGAUUGAUAGGGAGGAGCAACUUCUCGAAUGCGACAUGUUGCUUACUUGCUGGUGGUCCUCCACCUCCGUGUAACAAGCAUCAGUUGGUUUUGUCACAAGAACACACACUUGGGGCGAGCGAGAAGAAAGAAUUUGCCUUCUCUCCAAUCUCUCCGGGGAUCACAGCGAGGAAGAAACUCCUCUCCAUCGCCCAAUUCGAGUCAACUCAUACCAGAUCUCACUUCCUUUCUUCGUAAAUAAAGCUUGUCCCUUUUAUUCGUUUCGGACAUUGGAGUAGCCACACACAUUGUGAUCGAUUAGGUCGCAUCACUCUCUCUACGUGGAGCUCUUUGGUGGUGGUGUUUUUUCCUUUUCCCUCGUCGCUCCCAGAGUUUGGGAAGUUUGCGACUAGCAAUGACCGCGGAAUCGAGCGCUUGCUGGAGCACGGCCGGAGCUUUGGCUUUGUCCGUCGUCUCGGCGGUGGCCAUUGUCAUCUGCAACAAGGCCCUCAUAUCAAACCUGGGCUUCAACUUCGCCACAACUCUUUCGAGCUGGCACCUCGUGAUCACGUACUGCUCGCUCCAGAUCGCAAACUGGCUCAACUUUUUCCAGCAAAAGCACAUUAACAUGCGCGUCGUCAUGGCUUUCGGUGUACUCAAUGCAUCUUCCAUUGCCUUCCUCAACCUCAGCCUGGGCUACAACUCAGUUGGUUUCUACCAGAUGACAAAGCUCGCGAUUAUCCCAUGCACAGUUAUACUGGAGACAAUCUUCCUAGGGAAACACUUCAGCCACAGGAUUCAGCUGUCGCUAGUUAUUCUCCUGGGCGGAGUUGCCGUGGCUACAGUCACGGAUCUGCAACUUAACUUUCAAGGAACAGUUUUGUCGCUGUUUGCGAUUUUGACAACCUGCAUUGCUCAAAUUAUGACGAACACGAUCCAGAAGGGGUACAAGGUCUCUUCCACCCAGCUUCUCUUCCAGUCCUGCCCCUAUCAAGUCACGACAUUAAUUCUCAUGGGUCCGAUCUUCGACUUUGCGCUCACCAAGCAAAACGUUUUUGCCUUCGAGUACAACCCCAAAGUCGUGAUGUUUAUAGUUUUGUCCUGCUUGAUCGCUGUGUCCGUCAACUUUAGCACCUUCUUGGUGAUCGGAAGAACCUCUCCUGUCAGCUACCAGGUGCUGGGGCACCUCAAGACCUGCCUCAUAUUGACUUUUGGCUACGUCGUCCUGAAGACUCCGUUCAGCUGGAGAAAUAUUUCCGGGAUCUUGGUAGCUGUGAUUGGAAUGGGUCUCUACUCCCUGAGUUCCAUCCUGGAAACUCAAAAGGCCACGACAAAUCCUCCAUCCUCGCAAUCCCAGGUGCACAAGGAAGAGCCUCGAAUUGUUAUUGACAAUGGGAGGCAAAACAUUGCCGAGGAUGCCACGACACUGGCUUCAUCGCUCUGGAAGACGGACUCGGACAAAGAGACGUGAAUUUCGGUCAAGAUCCAAGCUUUUUUUUCCCAGGCAAGCUAUGAUCAAUCACACUUCCGCGUCUGAAUGGAUGAACUCGUGUACAGAAAAAGGUCGUGAAAAUUGUGUUUAGAGAGCAUCCAGAGGUGAGAAAAGCUAUCAUUCUUUUAUAUACUGCGAUUACUCGACUUGUAUAAAUGCAUGAGUGACGAAACUUUAGAUUCAAGGUC